CAAUCAGCUGUGACAGCAAAACAAAGGGUGAAAGAGAGGGCGAAAACUACGCAGAAAUUCCCAAAGAAGCCCUAUGUUUUCGGAAAAACUUAAGAAAACAUCAUAACAAAGUGUUGGUUAAAGAAACAAUUGAAUUUCAUAAACAUAAAACAUGGGAAUGUGUCUUUCUUGCUGCGGCCAGAGCGCCGAGGAAACCAACCUAAUGCCAUCGCCUGAGGAGCGCCGGCAGCAGCAGCUGGAUGCGGCGGAGAAGCGUCGUCAGGAGAACGAACAUCGGGGCAUUAAAAAUCCGGAAAGCGUACGGCGACAGCAACAAAGAGCGGAGGAGCUGCAGCGCCGGGAGGAGGAGGCCGCCCGCCAGGGUCAAGGACAGUCCAAUCUAAGGUGGCAAACGAGCUAAAAGGAGGAGGGAACACCCAAAGCUUAUGAAGCACAUCCACCUCUGUAUGCUAACUGCCUUUGUCCAGGCCUUUUGUACUGCUCCGUAUUUGUAUUGUACGAUAUACACCCCGUAUUCCGGUCUCUAUAUGUAUACCCUUCAUCUUUGUAAUCGGCCACCUUUGAUCUACCAUCAUCGGGACUUUUAGCUGGCGACCAAACUGUACAACCAAAAAUAAAUGUAAACCAAAUUGUUAUCAGUGAUCAUAAAACACAAAAAAAAUCUAAGCACGGCAUAGUUUGACUAAGUCCGGAGGAUUACCUGUGUUCCUUAGUGGAGGAUCUAGCUCAUUUUGUCAUUCCUGUUUUAUUAAAUCUACUAUUAUGUUGAACAUAGCACUUAAAUCAAAAAUAAACCUGUUUUACAUACAUAUCAAGAA